AUGGAGGUGUUGAGUCAUACAGCCGCUGGGUGUCCGGAUCACCAGGGUACCAGUAUGGCCUGUCCGUUGACCGAGAAGAAUUCGAACAGCUCUCUUAAGAGUACCAAUGAUAUAGCUCGUCAUAAAGCCUCCUCUGUGGAGUCUGAGUCUGUACAGUCAGAGCUACCAGUUAAUUUUGGAGAGGUCGUGAAAGGGAUAUAUCGCUCUUCCUUUCCCUACCCCUGGAAUCUUGCAGCACUCAAGAAGCUGGGACUGAAGACCAUAAUAACACUGGUUGAUGAACCAUACCCCCAAAGCCAUGUGAUGUUCGUCAAGGAGAACGGCAUUGCACAUCAUCGCAUUUUGGUUCAGGCAAACAAGGACCCUAAUGUUAAGAUACCUGACUCUGUCAUGUGUCGUAUCCUUGAGCUUCUGCUCGAUAAGAGCAACCAUCCUGUUCUCGUCCAUUGCAACAAGGGAAAGCAUCGUACCGGAUGCGUGGUUGCCUGUUUUCGCAAACUUCAAGGCUGGGAUUCAUGCGACGUCAUUGAAGAAUACCUUCAAUAUGCCUUUCCGAAACCGAGAUUACUCGAUGAAAACUACAUCGACCGAUUUGACCCAUCCCAACUUCAUCAACUUGCUCAGUCUUCCGGUGUCAAGACGUGGCAGUCAUCCGGGCUCUUCAAGAUGCCACCGCAAGAGCAGGAUAGAGACAAGGAAUCCCCCAACUGCCACGUCCCUCCAUCCCUUUAA